ACACACUGUUGUACCACAGAGUUCUACAGCUUAUUUAUCUGGCUCGGCUGAAACUUUAUGCCUGCUGAUUGGUCAUUCCUCAUUUUCCUGCCCCCAGCCCUUGGUAAACAUGGUCCCACUCUUUGAUUCUAUGAAUUUGACCACUUUAGAUGCCUCAGAUAAAUGAGAUCACACAGUUUUUGUCUUUCUGUCUGGCUUAUUUCCCUUAGAAUAAUGUCCUCAAGCUUCGUCCAUGUUUUGCAUAGUGCAGCAUCUCCUACUCGUUUAAGAUCGAAUAGUGUCUCAUUGCAUGUAUACGCCACGUGUAUUUCCUUUGUCCAUUCAUCCGUCCAGGGACACUUGGGUUGUUUCCGUAUUUCGGCUAUUGUAGAUAAUGCUGCAGUGAACAUAGCAUUGCAAGGAACAUAGGAAACAGUACAGAGGGGCCUUAAAACUAAAACCACCACAUGAACCAGCAGCCCCACUCUAGGUAUUGAUGCAAAAGAAUUGAAAUCAGGAUCCAGACACAUCUUCAUUUUAAUACACUUUGUUAGCCUCUUUCCCAGUGCCAAUGUUAUGCUUAAAUCACUAUGGUUUUUAGAAUCCACUUUCUUUCCCUGUUUUAAUACCUGAAAGAUAUAGGAGCCCCUUCCAUUUCCUACAAAUCUUGGUUCGUUAUAGUAGCUUAGUGAUCUUACUUAUGUAUUUUCUGAGGAUAUUUUUCUGGUGGAAAGUCAUUUGAUUUAGGGCACUUUAACUCCUUUAGGAAAUUGAACUCUCUUCACAUAACUCGGAACUUCAUCUCCCUUUGGUAUGUGUCUGCUGCCCCUGCCCCUUCCAAGCCAGUCUCCUGUGACAGAGGAGGCGCGGGAAGGGCGCUUGCUGCCGGCCGGCCCCCUCACCCGGCGCCCCGCGUUCCCUACCAGCCAGCAGGUCGGUCCGCGCGGGCGCCCGGUCUGCACGUCUUCCUGUAAAGGCCAGGGUGCUCUCGUCGCCGUCUGGUUAUGUUCUCUUCUGUACUCGGUCACAUUAAAUUUGGGCUUGUCGGACAAAUUUUGUGAAAGCACAUUGGUUGAUUUAGAAACUUCAUUCUUCUCUUGUCCAUCAGGAUAAUUUGCAGUUCUCCAACAUUUACUCUUUCUUGAGAGAUUUCUAACUCUUAAAUGAUCUCUCCUUCCAGAAGCUUUUAUUUUCUCAGAAGGAAUGACAUCUCCCCCUCCUCACCUUGCAAGGUUUUGAAUCUACUCCACUAAAUUCAAGAGUUUAUGUAUGACUGUUCCCAAAUCGUUUUCAUGAACAAGUCACUUUCUUUGCAUUGAUAUUUGUAAGAGAACAACGAAGACCUUGGUUUAGUAUUAAUAAUGUUACUGAGAAUUCAAUCUUCUUUUAGAAAUGGGUAAGUAACAUCCUGUUACCCUGAGUCUGGAAUUCUCGUCUCUGGAUCUUUUCAUCAAAAGCUCCAGCAUUUGUCUUCAAAGAGCAUUUAAUAAAUAUCUCUUAUAGACUGUUGGCCAAACUGAUUUUCAUGGCUCUUGCCAAGAAAAUGUUUGUCUUAGCUUCACACAGAGCGUGAUCCGCACUAAUUCCGAGUGAGCUCUAUGGAGGAAAUCUACUUUGAAGGGGCCACCCUCAGGAGCAUUUUCAAAUAACACCAUGAGAACAGGAGUGAGGAUAAACCAUUGUCCAUUUUGUUGUGAAAUCCACUCUUCUUUCUCCUCCUUUUAUUUGUUCUGUGAGCCAAAUGAGUGAGAAUCAAAGGGCAGAAUGCCAUGGAGCAUCUUUCCACUCUUGCUUGGUUUUGGUGACUGGAUGUUCAGAGCUCGCUCCUCGUGCGGUGAGCCUUUCUUUCUGGUCAAAGCCUCAACGUGUGCCAUUUCAAGUUUGAGCCCGCAACUGUGGCACAGAUAAGCAGGUUCAGUAGCAAACAACUAUCUGAAAAACCUUGUAACUUAUCCAUACUGGACACAUUUUUUUUUUGUAUCUGGUGGUAUAUUUUUCACAUUAGCUGUUUCUUAGGAUUAGCAAACCAGGGCAAAUCUUGUUUCAUCCCUCCUUGGGUAUUUAGUGUAGUGCCAAGCAAAGCACAGAUUAACAUAUGCUUACUCAGGAUUAAGGAUGAUUUUUUUUUAACUCUUCUGAUAGGCAGUAAAAUAGAAUCCACACAGUCCAGUGGAUUCCACGGAUGGACUGUUUUCGUUAGUGCCAACUACUAACCCUAAACGUCUAGUCCCUAGUUUCCGAAAGCUUUGGGUUAGACUUUGUGAAAGUCAGAUGCCAAACAGCAGCAAACACUAGUUUACCAUAUUCUUAAUUUGCCUCCAUCACUACAGUGUUGCAUAUGAGUGCUCCAUGGCAAAGAAGAGGAGAGCUGAAGACCAGGCUAUGGGGGUCCCAGUCAACAAAAGGAAAUCUCUGCUAAUGAAGCCCCGACACUACAGCCCAAGCACGGACUGCCAGGAAGACCGCGGUGACAGGACGGAUGAGGACAGCCUCUUGGAAACACGUGAUCACUCCACUGCAGAAGAAAUAAUGAUAAAACCUAUAGAUGAAAACCUUCACUCAGCUGCACAAGAAAACUCCCAUAAGAAUGAAGACAGAUACACUUGUUAUCAAGAGCUCGUGGUCAAAUCUUUAAUGCACUUGGAGAAAUUUGAAAAAAAUGUUUCUGUUCAGACUCUAAGUGACAACUUAAAUGACAGUGGCAUCCAGUCUUUAAAAGCAGAGAGUGAUGAAGCAGAUGAGUGCUUUAUGAUUCAUUCCGAUGAAGGAAGAGACAAAAUCGAUGAUUCCCAGCCGCGGCUCUGCUCCUCUGAUGACAACGACAGUAACUCUGAAGGUGCGGAGAAUGGCUGGGACAGUGGCUCCAACUUCUCAGAAGAAACCAAGCCACCUGGAGUCGCAAAGUACGUUUUAGUGGAUAAUCAAAAAGACCUAUUGGAAGUUCCUGAAAUAAAAACCGAAGGUGACAAAUUUAUCCCUUGUGAGAACAGGUGUGAUUCUGAAACGGAAAGGAGAGACCCACAGAAUGCUCAGGUGGAAGCCUUGGAUGGCAAAGCCCAAUCUUCAUUCCCUGAGAUUGAGGAAGAAGAUGGCAAGAGCCUGGCAGCAGUGACGGAAGAGUCCAGUGACCUGGAGAAAGCGAAGGGGAACCUAAGUUUGCUGGAGCAGGCAAUUGCCCUGCAGGCUGAGCGAGGCUGCGUUUUCCACAACACCUACAAAGAGCUGGACAGGUUUCUGCUGGAGCACCUCGCGGGGGAAAGGAGGCAAACCAAAGUCAUCGACACGGGUGGAAGACAGAUCUUCAACAACAAACAUUCACCAAGACCUGAAAAGAGGGAGACCAAGUGCCCCAUCCCUGGGUGCGACGGCACAGGACACGUGACGGGGCUGUACCCCCACCACCGCAGCCUUUCGGGGUGCCCCCACAAAGUGCGGGUUCCCCUGGAAAUUCUUGCCAUGCAUGAAAACGUGCUCAAGUGCCCCACGCCAGGCUGCACCGGGAGGGGGCACGUGAACAGCAACCGCAACACCCACAGGAGUCUUUCUGGUUGUCCAAUUGCUGCAGCUGAAAAAUUGGCAAUGUCCCAGGAUAAAAAUCAGCUUGAUUCUCCCCAAACCGGGCAGUGCCCUGACCAGGCCCACAGGACAAACUUAGUGAAGCAAAUUGAAUUCAAUUUCCGAUCACAAGCCAUCACCUCUCCCAGAGCCACGGUGUCAAAAGAACAAGAGAAAUUUGGAAAAGUACCAUUCGAUUAUGCCAGUUUUGACGCCCAAGUUUUUGGUAAACGCCCCCUUGUACAAACAGGGCAAGUACGAAAAACACCACCAUUUCCUGAAUCAAAGCAUUUUUCAAAUCCAGUGAAAUUUCCUAAUCGACUGCCUAGUGCAGGCGCCCACACACAGAGCCCUAGCCGUGCCAGCUCUUAUAGCUACGGUCAGUGUAGUGAAGACACCCACAUAGCAGCAGCUGCUGCCAUCCUGAACCUUUCCACCCGCUGCAGGGAAGCCACAGACAUCCUCUCCAACAAACCGCAGAGUCUGCAUGCCAAGGGAGCCGAGAUAGAAGUGGAUGAAAAUGGCACAUUGGACUUAAGCAUGAAAAAAAAUCGAAUCCUGGACAAGGCUGCACCCCUAACUUCCUCUAAUACUUCCAUUCCAACUCCUUCCUCUUCCCCAUUCAAAACAAGCAGCCUGCUGGUCAAUGCGGCAUUCUGUCAGGCUCUCUGUGCUCCGGAGGGCUGGGACACUCCUAUCAACUAUAGCAAAACUCACGGGAAGACAGAGGAGGAGAAAGAGAAAGACCCAGUGAGCUCUCUAGACAAUUUAGAGGAAAAGAAGUUUGCUGGAGAGGCCUCUAUACCAAGCCCUAAACCCAAGCUCCAUGCAAGAGAUCUCAAAAAGGAACUGAUCACCUGCCCAACACCAGGAUGUGAUGGAAGCGGCCACGUAACAGGAAACUAUGCAUCUCAUCGCAGUGUUUCUGGAUGUCCAUUAGCAGAUAAGACUCUGAAGUCCCUCAUGGCUGCAAACUCCCAGGAGCUUAAGUGUCCGACCCCAGGCUGCGAUGGCUCCGGGCAUGUGACUGGAAACUAUGCUUCCCACAGAAGCUUGUCCGGCUGCCCUCGUGCAAGGAAAGGUGGUGUCAAAAUGACCCCUACCAAGGAAGAAAAAGAAGACCCUGAACUUAAAUGUCCUGUGAUAGGAUGUGACGGCCAAGGUCACAUAUCAGGUAAAUACACAUCACACCGCACAGCUUCUGGCUGUCCCCUGGCUGCCAAGCGACAGAAGGAGAAUCCUCUCAACGGGGCCUCCCUCUCCUGGAAGCUGAACAAACAAGAGCUGCCACAUUGUCCCUUGCCAGGCUGCAAUGGGCUGGGCCAUGUAAAUAAUGUUUUUGUCACCCACAGAAGCUUGUCUGGAUGUCCUCUCAACGCACAAGCUAUCAAGAAGGGGAAGGUCUCUGAGGAACUCAUGAGCAUCAAGCUGAAAGCCACAGGAGGUAUAGAGAGUGAUGAAGAAAUUAGGCAUUUGGAUGAAGAAAUAAAGGAAUUGAAUGAAUCCAACCUUAAAAUUGAAGCAGAUAUGAUGAAACUUCAGACCCAGAUCACGUCCAUGGAGAGCAACUUGAAGACGAUAGAGGAGGAGAACAAACUCAUCGAGCAGAACAACGAAAGUCUGCUCAAGGAGCUGGCCGGGCUGAGCCAAGCUCUCAUCUCCAGCCUCGCGGACAUCCAGCUGCCACAGAUGGGACCUAUCAGUGAGCAGAACUUUGAAGCAUAUGUAAAUACACUCACAGACAUGUACAGCAAUCUGGAACAGGACUAUUCCCCGGAAUGCAAAGCUCUACUGGAAAGUAUCAAACAGGCAGUGAAGGGUAUCCAUGUGUAGGAUCACAGCGCUGCCGGGCAACAGAAAUUACCAACAGCAGUAAACUCCAGAUGGAUCUGUGAGAGGUUCGUGUACUGCUAAGGCAUGAAGGUUGCCGUACUGCAUUUACAACUGCAACAUUGCACUAAUUUUUUCCCCAGCUGACAUAAAAAGGAAAGAAAAACUAUGAUAAACUCUUUCAAUUAAAAGCAAUGCAGUCAAUUAUUAGAUCUUAUUUAUUUUCAUAUGUUUUUCUUUUAUUUCUUCAUUGCACUCUUUUUUUGUAAAGUAUAUGUAAAAUAAAUGUGACAUUUUUAUAAUUUAUUUAUUACUAAUCAAAGAGUUUUUUAUCUUUUAACUGCAUUUUGAAGUCUGCCAUAUUUUUACAAGUGUGUUUAUUAAUUUAUUUUCCAAUAGGAUUUAAAAUAGAAAUGCUAUUCUCAAAUCACGUAUCUUGCUGGGUUUAAAUGAGAAAACAAAAAAGUGUGAAGGAAAUCCUUGCCUAAGGACUGCACUAUGGUCGAGUUUGAUUUUUAUUGCACACUUCUUCCCCCGCCCCCUCCACUGGUCGUUGUAUUUAUGAAUGAGCCUGGGCGAGCUGAGCGCGCGAGGAGGAGGAAGCUAAAGGGUGCCCACUAGUGGGGAUCGCACUCACAGAAGCACAGGAUGCCGGAAAACAGCCUGCUCAGAAUUUGUCAGCAAUAAUUAAACAUAGCAAUCAGCAAAGUAUUCGACUUGGCUGUACGGUUUUAGUUAAUAUGAAUUAUUUAUCUGAAAUGUUUAAAAGAAACAUAAGCUUUUUUAGUGAUGCAGAUUUGUCUGUUUGUUUUACAAGUCAUAUCAGAUAGUUGGCAACUCUUACCCCAAGAUGAGAAAUAAGGCUUGGUGUGACCAGCCAGGCUUUCCUGCCAUAUGUUGGUACAAUAUACAAGUGACAAUAUUGGUGUAGAUUUGUACUUAGCAAAUACAAACACAUCCAAAUGGAAAAUUUUGUAGAUACCAUAUCCCCUGAAAUAGCAUUUAUCUUACUGGGUUGACUGGAAAGGAAUGGAAAAUAUAGUAACACAUGAGAAAAUGCUACUCCAAUCCGAGUGAUCACUUCAAACAGUGGCAACUUUGGUUUCACCCUCCUUAGAAAACAAGACAACAUUCAAUUUGAUAAAAAUCUUGCUAUAAAACUACAAGUGCUACAAAGUAUACACACACACUGGUACACACAGGUAUACUCACACAUAUAUGCACACAGACACUCAUCCACACAUAAAAUUGAGCCCACAGUCUUGAAUUUCUGAAUGGAUCAGAGUUUAGUAGUUGCUAUAGUAAAGGCAAUGUCUAUUUCAGGGAUUGUAAAGUAGUUAAGCAUUGUUUCAAAAGUUUUUUUAUAUUUAUUUUUUUUAAGGAAAAGGUAUAGACAACCAGCUAAACUGCCUUUUUGGUGUGCACACACAUUUCAUGUGCAGACGUGCCUCUGUGUAAAUGUACACAUGAACUUAGUGUGGGCUUAAUUUUCUGUGCUAUAACAAAAGUGUUUAUUUUUGAUUAGCCUCAUGGAUAUUUAGAUUGAAUGUGAUGGCAUUCACAGGCUUGAUAUAUUCCACUCUUAUUACUAUUACCCGCACAAAUGAAAAGUAAUACUUAAUGGUAAUUCCACCCCCAUGAGACUGUGGUCAUUGUUAUGCAUUAAGUGGGGCUUCUCUUUGGUUUGGGGUUCAUUUGAACUCUUGAAUCUUAGUUUAGUGAAAAUGAAAUGUCUGUUCUUAGGUAGGAACGGUGUUUAUUUAAAAAUCAAUUUAAAAAAAAAAGCUACCAUAUGUGCUGUCUAUUAUAAAUGAGACACCAAACGAAAUUUUCUAUUAAAGUUAUGUACUUGCAAACAUUUUGCUAUACAGUACUUCAUAGAUGCAUACAAAUGAGUUCACUUAUUACAAAAACAAGCGUUUAAUUUGCUAAAUAUUUUAACAAGUUAUUAUAUAUUGUAUUUAAUUUAAAAGAAAUCUCUUACCAACCUACAUAUUUAUUACUAUAAUUUCCUGUGACUUCAGGUUAAUUUAUUUGUGUUUGCAUAGUUUGAGCAGGAUGUUUUGUGAAGUAUGUUUGUAUUUAUUUGCCUCCUUUGUACUUGAUGUGUUUUGCGAUGUGCACUGAAUUUUUUUUCUUUUCAAGUAUGUUAAUGAUCAAUACUAUAAAUUGAGUCUUUUGUAAACAGCAAAAAGGCGAUGAUGUAUGCAUUUUUUUUAUUUGAAGUAGUUUGUAUACUGUUUCUCCAAACACUUAAUAUUUCUUACAUCAAAGCAACAAAAUUGUGCUCAGUGCUGUACAUUUGGUGUAUGGUAGGAAAUAAAAAUUGAUAAUGAGUUUUGA